AGUACUUAUUAUUCGCGUGAGGAGGGUCUUGGGUUAAAGCCGACACCCGCUGCCUCCACACGGGUCCGAGAGCGCCGCUCCUCCACGCCGCCGCAGACGUCACCCUGAACCCGCUGUGAGUCUCCCUUCGGAGUGACGAUGGCUGAGAGCCCGCAAUGUUUCUACUGCCGAGAGGACCUCGGGGGGAAGAGGUUCGUCCGCAACGAAGGCAAGCCAGUGUGCGUCCGCUGCCACACCAAGUUCUGCGCCAACUCCUGCGCCGAGUGCCAUCGACCCAUCCCUGUGGAAUCAAAGGAGCUCAGUCAUAAGGGCCGGUACUGGCAUGAGGAGUGUUUCCGUUGCACAAAGUGUUACAAGCCUCUGGCCAAGGAGCCCUUCAGCACCAAAGACGACCGUAUCAUGUGUGGGAAGUGCUGCUCCAGAGAGGAUGCUCCACGCUGCCACGGCUGCUACAAAGCCAUACUGGCUGGUACAGAGAGCGUGGAGUACAAAGGGAACUCGUGGCACGACGAAUGCUUCACCUGUUUCAACUGUAAGCGACCAAUAGGAUCGCUGAGUUUCCUCUCCAAAGGAAGUGACGUUUACUGCAGCCCCUGCCAUGACAAGAAGUUCGCCAAACACUGCGUCUGCUGCAAAAAGGCUAUAACCUCCGGAGGAGUGAACUACCAGGACGAGCCGUGGCACAGCCACUGUUUUGUGUGCAGCUCCUGCUCAAAACCUCUGGCCGGGUCCAGUUUCACCAAGCACGAGGACCAGGUCUUCUGUGUCGACUGCUACAAGAGCUCCGUGGCAAAGAAAUGCAGCGGCUGCCAAAACCCCAUCACAGGUUUUGGUAAAGGAGUGAACGUGGUGAAAUAUGAGGGCAGCUCCUGGCAUGAAUACUGCUUCAACUGUAAGAGAUGCUCCCUCAGUCUGUCCAACAAGCGUUUUGUAGCCAAGGGAAAAGACAUCCUCUGCUCCGACUGUGGCAACAAGUAGAGCCGGAGAGGUCGGUCAUUUUUGAACAGUGGUUUAUAUUGUCAUUAUGUUUUUUGUUUCUUUAUUUUUACAUAAAGGUCAGACUCUUCAUUUCAAUGUUAUCUUAAUUACUAAAGGGACUUUUUUGGGAGAUUACCCACAAAGUGAUAAAAACAUUGUGCCCAAAAUGUUAUUUGUGUCCACUGUUGAUCGUUUGCUUUGAUGCUAACACUAAACAGACACGGUGUUGAGUGAUGGUAAUGACCAGCUUUGUCCUAAUAGUCCUCAAAGGAUAAAACGUAUCUAGCUAAGUGUGGUGUCCUGUUGGAGGCUUGUAUCACAUACAAUAUAUUACUAAAAACACAUAUAAAAACAAAGCAUAAACAAGAUGUUUUGAACUGCUAGGAACACAUUUUCUUAUUUAGAUGGGAAGUGAAGAAGAUCAGCCACCUACAGCUAAAAUGAAUGAGCAGCAGAUGAAUGCAUUGCAUACCUGAAAUACUACAAGUAGAUGUAAUGAUGCUGCAUAUGAGUCUAAAAGUCAAUUUCUUUAUUUACAACACAGAUUUAUUUUAUGAUCUGACCGUUGUGAGAGUCAAUGCUGUCAUUCAACGCAGUGUAUGCUAAUGUGUUAGCAUAAAGCAAGAAUAUCAUGUGUUUUUAAAAGUCAUUAAAUUGUAUUUUUUCAUCUUUUAGCUAUAAAACAGCUUAUUAUGUUAAUGGACUAAUGUCUACUUGUUUUUUUAUAUUUUUCAAGGGUGAUACUUUCCUAUGACCAAAUACGAUAAAUGGUGUUUUUUUUUUUUUUAGUAAUCAAAAUAAUAUUAUAUUUGUAAUUGCUCAGUCAUUUCCAAGGGAUUGUUAUGCCUAUUGUAUGUUUUGAGUAAAUAAACUUGUUUGCACUUUUUUUAAACCAUUCUCCCUUCAAGAAAAGGGGAAAUUUAAAUAUGAGAUUGGAAUAUAUUCAAUAUACGUCUUGAUGUGUUGCCAAAAUGAAAUAAACAUUAUACAAACUGA